CGCCCGUAUGUCGAUUUUUUCUCAGCUAAAUCGAAGAAGAGCAACCAGGGAAAAAAACACAAACAAAAACGAACCCUAAUCUAAGCUGAAAAUCGAGACUUCGCCGGAGAAUGUCGACGUGGCAGAUAUUCUCCGACUCCGGUACCAACUUCCAGUGGGAGAUUUCCGAUCAACACCAACCUGACUCCCCUCCGAUUCCGUCCCCUUCCUCCACUCCUCUCCCUUCCAUGGCCGAUCUCUUGCUUCCAGGAUAUUCGAAGCUAAUGGAGAACUGUGAAGGUAAUUUCCAGAGCCCUUCGAUGUUCCGAAGCGGAUUUGGGAAAUCAGUUACAGUGAAGCAAUCUUCCAUGACGAAAGCACUAUCUAUUAUCGGCGAUGGCGAUGAAGGUGAUGCCUUUGCUGAUACAGGGAAAUUGAGUAAUGGAACCGAUACCAGAUGCAGUUUAUCCAAUUCAAUGUUCCAGUCAGGCUCGGGGAAAAAGGUUAAUGUAUCUUCCACUGGUCUCGUCAGAGCUAAGACAUUAUUGGGAUUGGAAGAAAAUUAUACCGGGCAAUUGUGUGAUGGAAAUGAUACAAUGUUCCAGACAGGCUUGGGGAAAAAGGUUAAUAUAUCUUCCAAUGGUCUUGCCAGAGCCACGACAUUGUUGGGAUUGGAAGAAAAUUAUGCAGGGAAAUUGUGUGAUGAAAAUGAUACGAUGUUCCAGACAGGCUCGGGGAAAAAGGUUAAUAUAUCUUCCAAUGGUCUUGUCAGAGCCAAGACAUUGUUGGGAACAGAAGAAAAUUAUGCAGGGCAAUUGUUUAAUGGAAAUGAUAGCCGAUGCAGUUUAUCUAAUUCAAUGUUCCAGACAGGCUCGGGGAAAAAGGUUAAGAUAUCUUCCAAUGGUCUGGUCAGAGCCAAGACAUUGUUGGGACUGGAUGAAAAUUACGAUCAUGAUACUUUUCCAGGCCUCGAGGAUUCAAAGGAUCAGUCAACAUCUGAUGAACCCCUUUGUUGGCAAAAUCCAUCUCAUUUUGAGACAAGAGAGGGAGUCACUACUACAUGCUUUAAGGAUGCCACAGCUCCAAUCACAAUGUUCAAUUUUGAGACUAGCUCACUAGGAAGUGAUUUAAAAAGAAAGGUUACUACAGAUCUUACACAUUCUUCUACUAAGGGCCCUCCAAUCAAGUUUAAUACUGCUGGUGGAAGAUCCAUAACAGUUUCAAGUGAUGCAUUGCAGCGUGCAAAGAGCCUUCUCGGUGAUGUGGAUCUGGGAACUUUCUUUGACGAAAGGGAUCUCAAUAAUCCAGCUUUCUCAUUUUGCAAACAAGGAAGACUUGGUGACAACCAUUCUAACAAAGAAAAUAACCCAUUUUCUACUUUUUCCCAUCCAGAAAUUGCGAAGAGCAAACAUGUAUCAAAGAGUUUUGUAUCCCCUUUGCGAUCAGAUUCUAACCGAAUACAAUCAUCAGUCCCUCCAGAGAAUGCAAAUUUAGGGAUUAACUUGAUUAAGAAGUUUGAUGCAGAGGACCGUGCCACCACUUGUAAGAUGUUUGAUAAUACACUGGGUCAGCAACAGCCUCCAAGUGGUAGGUCUUCUUCACAUGCAGUAAUGGGAAAUUCUUUGGCAAACAGUGUUAAUAGGCCUUCUUCACAUGCAGUAAUGGGAAAUUCUUUGCCAAAUGGUGUUAAUUCAAGAAUUAGUCCACAAGGAAGUUCAUUAGGUGGACCACUAGUUGAUAUUACGAAUAAAAUUGGAAUAACUCAUACAGAUAGCAAAAUCAUUACUGGUGAAAAGAGGAGACUUGGAAGGAGUUCCAUCUCUCCAUUCAAGAGGCCCCGCAGUUCCAGAUUCAUCACCCCUCUGAACAUCUUGUCUGCUGCUCCUACUGGGCUGUCCACUUUAGCACCUGAAGAAUCCUGUCGCAGAAGAAGGGUUUACACUCAAUAUCCUUUUCAGGUUCCACGAAUAUAUAUGAAGGAAUUUUUCGGAGUGCCCCCAUCACACAUGAACACGUUGAAGCAAUUGCCAGACCACAUAAGAAAGAUGAAUCCUGAAAAUGCAGAAAAGUACAUGUUCUGUGAUGGAUCUGGUGUAGAGUGCAUUGGAGCUGAAGCUUUCUACCACAUGUUGGCUCAGUCUGGAGCUGUUAUGCAAUAUGCUUCUAUAGAGUGGGUUGCAAAUCACUGCAAGUGGAUUGUUUGGAAACUUGCAUGUUAUGAGAGAUGCUAUCCCACUAAAUCUUCUGGGAAACUAUUGACAGUUACUAACGUGCUUGAAGAAUUAAAAUAUAGAUAUGAGAGAGAAGUAAACCAUGGUCAUCGAUCUGCAAUUAAGAGAAUUCUAGAAGGAGAUCAACCACCUUCUUCAAUGUUGGUACUGUGCAUUUCAUCCAUUCAUUCAAAUUGUGACUCAACUGUUGAUACUCUGCCAGUGGCGUCAAAUGGUGCUGAAAACACUACAGCUACAAAAGUAGAAUUAACUGAUGGGUGGUACUCAAUCAAUGCCAUAUUAGAUGCACUGCUAAUGAAGAAGCUGGCUACUGGGCAAUUGUUUGUGGGACAGAAACUUAGGAUCUGGGGAGCUGGAUUAAGUGGCUGGGCUGGGCCUGUUUCACCUCUUGAGGCAUCUAGCACAGUUGGUCUUCUAAUGCACAUGAAUGGGACAUAUAGAGCUCAUUGGGCUGAUCGUUUGGGGUUAUGUAAGGGUGGUGGUGCUCCAUUAGCAUUUAGAUGUAUCAAGGGUAUGGGAGGUCCAGUUCCUAGCACAAUAAUUGGAGUCACACGGAUAUACCCUGUUCUCUACAGGGAAAGGUUAAGUAAUGGGGGAUUUAUUGUGAGAUCAGAGAGAAUGGAAGCUAAAACGAUACAAUUAUACAACCAGAGGCGCUCUGUCAUUGCAGAGGGCAUUAUGUCUGAGUUUCAAAGGGGAAUCAAAGAAUUUCAUACUAAUAAUGACAAUGAUAGUGAAGAAGGGGCAAAAAUCCUAAAAAUUGAGACAGCUGCUGAACCUGAAGUACUAAUGGCAGAGAUGACUUCAGAGCAACUGACUACAUUUGCUACUUAUCAAGAAAAACUAGAGGCAAUUAGGCAAUCAGACAUGCAUAAAUCAAUUGAGAAAGCUCUGGAAGAUGCUGGUCUAAGUGCAAGAGAGGUCACCCCAUUUAUGAGGGUGAGAGUGGUUGGGUUAACUAGUAAAAAUUACCUAACAAAGUGCUGCCCAGGGAAAGGUUUAAUAACAAUCUGGAACCCAACAGAGAAACAGCAAUUAGAGCUGGUUGAGGGGAAGGCAUAUUCUGUUGAGGGGCUUAUACCAUUAAGCUCCGAUUCAGAUACCCUUUACUUGCAAGCAAGAGGAUCUACAACCAAAUGGCUGCCUUCCUCAGCAACUGAACAUUUCGAGUUGUUCUUCAGUCCUCGCAAAUCAGUCCUGUUGUCACAUUUGGGUGAGGUUCCUCUCUCUAGCGAAUUUGACAUCGCUGCAUUGGUUGUAUACGUGGGAGAGGUAUAUACAGAUUCUCAUCAAAAGAAGCAGUGGGUAUUUGUGACAGACAGCUCAAUAUCAGAGUCACAUUCAGCAGAGCCAUCAAAUUCCUUGCUUGCCAUCAGUUUCAGUUCAUCAUACAUUGAUUGUGAUUCAUUUUCACCGAUCAACCAGAACCUUGUUGGAUCAGUGGUUGGUUUCUGUAAUCUCAUUAAAAGAGCGAAGGACCAAAUUAAUUUUCUCUGGGUGGCAGAAUCAACAGAAAAUUCAACCUAUUCUUUAAGUUAUGCUAAUGUGCAUUGUUCUCACUUGAAAGAAGCUGCCGUUUCUGCUGAAAGAUGGGCAAAGAUCUCUAGUUUGACAAUUGAGAAGCUUAGACGGAAGGUUUUGACUGUUGUUGGUAAUGAUGAAGGCUAAAAUGCCAAAGGAGGUUAUUAAACUGACAUAUCUCCAAUAGAGGACUUAAUUGUCCAAAAUGUCAUAGGAGCAUCAUGACUUGACCCUGGUAUAAAAUCAGCUCCUUGUUGACUGUUUCUGCUUCCUUUUGCACUUGAACUGCAAUAUAGUCGAGGCACUCUUUGCACGUCUUGCUCUUCAAUCUUUUUUGAAGCAUAGCAGAUGACAUUUGGUAGAACAUUCGAGUGUCAUGCUUAUCACUAAUAGUCUAUUGGGACAUCAACCUGAGCCUGGAAGGCACAUAUUUCAAUCGCCAAAUUGCAGGUUACUAUUGGGCGGUGUCCGCGGACACUGCAAGUUUGUCCCUGAGGUUGGUUUUGUUUUUAUUUUUUAUUUUUUAUUUCAAUUUUUGCUUUCUAACCCACCUCAAAGCUAAUCACAACAAUUGCACAGAAAUGCAGGAUCAAGGAUUUGUAGAUUUUUUUCUUGGUGUAAAUAAAUAGCAUGAUGAUUUUUAUGUAUAAAUUUGUGGAACUUGUCAAUUUGAGAUGAAUAGUAAAGAUUUUUUGUGCCA